AUGGACUUCAUGGAUUUCGGGCUUUACAGCCUCUUCCUCAGAACCUGCCUCAUGGCCCGAAUUAGAUGCACCGUGGGGUUCUCGGGCGAGUUCGAGGCCCGGAACUUGCCGCAGAAGCUAAUCCACCCCCUUGACAGAAAGCGCACUGGACACACUCCUCCCUUCAAGCCUCUUGGUCAGCUUCACCACACUCGCCAUGCCUUUUCUGGCUGCAGCCCUGUGCUCCGGCCUACGACUCACCAUUUUCCGGUCGAGCGGCCAAUAGGCAUAUGGCUCGAGCUUAUCUUUCCUCUUCACAUCACCACCUGCCUUCUUGCUGGCAUACUCUUUACCCGUGUAGGCCCACCCACUUUCCGAGAUUUCGAAGACAAACGCCCAUCAGGAUCAAUCAAGGGCUCGUCAUCCGACUCAUCGUUUUUCAUUCUUUGUGGUUGUGACGAGCGAAGGGCAGACCUCGUUCUCUGGGUAUCUAGCAAGUCGAGAGGCUCGUCAUCUAAUUGGUCGAAUGAAUCUUCUUGCAAGCUCUUUGCUGCCUUUCGGCUUUUCUUGGAUCUGGCAGUUACUGACCGUAAAAGAGAUGAUUUGGAUUGUACAGCUGAAGAAUACUUGCUGCGCCGGCCAACAAUACUUUUUCCGUCUGUAAAUUCACCAUCACCAUCACUGUCGUUUGAGUCGUUAUCAUCGAUCGUAGCCGACUGCGUGUUACCCUCUUUUGGCGCUGGAGUGUUUCUGCAACUCAAUAAGAAACACUCCUCGACUCAGGCGCUAGCAAUUUCUUCAACGUUCACUUUAUUCUUGGGUUUCCUGAAGCAUGCCGAGGAGUCUAAUCGUGAGCAUUCUAAGAAGGCAGAGGACGAAGGAGCAAGAAAGAAGGCCGUUGAGGAGGCGGUCCAAGAAGUGUUUGGAGAAGCCAGUUGA